UAAGGGGGGAAGAGGAGGAGGAGCGAACGCCUUUGAAAUGAUUCCUGCGGAUAUCGAAACCUUUGCGGAAUUUAGAACGUUGCAUAAGAACAGAGGAUUCUAAUGAAUUGGAUUGGAAUAGAUUCCUUUACGCCAGUUUCUCCCUCUCAGUUAUUAAUGUGAUUCGAGGAUUUCGCUUCCGCUCUCUCUACCUGCAGUAUGGAAUUUUUUUCGUAAGACAGCUGCAUGGAAUCUACUGCUUCAAUAAUCUUAUCACAGAGUUGAUUUUUUUCACCACCUGAUCGGUGUAAUCUGCCCUUAAAUCUCAAAAUACAGGCAAAUCCUUUAUUCACAAUGCCAAUCGGUCACUUCUCAUUUUUAUAAAACUCAAUAAUUUGUUGACUUCUGUAAUUUAAUUUCACUUGACUCCGUCCCAAAGAAAAUCCACCUGAAUAUUUCCUAUUAUAGAUUUUCUCAGUCGACCUGCUUCCAAUUCUUACUUCAUAAGGCGGCUAAUGUUAAAAGUGUUCUCACAUGUAAUGAGUGACUAAUACAAUGCAAGAUAUUUUUAACAUUUUUAAGAUGAACAUUUAUUAUAACAUAAUCCUUAAUGGACAAGGAACCCUCAGUACAAUAUUUCUUGUAUGUUGUGCUCAAAAGUUAAAUGUGAAAGGGGAAAAGAGAAUAUCAAUUUUAUGAUUCAGGGAACUGAACAUAAAGAUUCGUCUUGAAGAUUCUAUCAUGCUUGGAAGAAAAUCUAUUCAAUGACCUUUCUGACUCAUUUUAAAGAAACAUGGUUUUGCUGUAUAUGCUGAGACCAGCUCAGUAAAUGCUGUGGAAAAGUAACCAUGUGUUUGCCACCAUGGCCAGAAGAGCUUUAAAACUAGUGUCACUUGUCAGUGGAGUAGGGGCCGCUGCUGGUUUAUACGUGUACAGCAACAAGCAUCUGGAUCCCAAUGAUUUUGGAGUUGUUCGAGUAGGCAGAGCUGUUGCCACAACAGCAGUGAUUACUUUUGACUACCUCACUUCCCUUCGAAAUUUUCCACGUGGGACAGAAGAGUAUGACUAUGUCAAAUCACAGGUGCAUCUGCGUUCUGCAGAACGUCUCCGAGAUUUAUGCUGUGCCAACCGAGGUACCUUCAUCAAAGUAGGACAGCAUCUGGGGGCUCUUGAUUACCUCUUGCCUGAGGAAUACACCCGCACCCUCAAGAUUUUGCACAGCCAAGCUCCUCAGAGCAGCAGGCAGGAAAUCGAGCAAGUGAUCCAGGAGGACCUAGGCAAAGGGAUCAAUGAAUUGUUUGCCAGUUUUGAAGAUGUUCCAUUGGGGGCAGCAUCAUUGGCGCAAGUCCACAAGGCUGUGCUACAAGAUGGGAGGACAGUUGCUGUGAAGGUUCAACAUCCUAAGGUCCAAGCACAGAGUUCUAAGGAUAUUCUACUGAUGGAGAUCCUGAUCUUGGUUGUGAAGCAAAUAUUCCCAGACUUUGAGUUUAUGUGGUUAGUGGACGAAGCUAAGAAGAACUUGCCUCUUGAACUUGAUUUCCUUAAUGAGGGAAAGAAUGCCGAGAAGGUAGCCUACAUGCUCAGAUGCUUUGACUUCCUAAAGGUUCCAAAAAUUUAUUGGGAGCUUUCAACAAGACGUGUACUUUUCAUGGAGUUCAUGGAAGGUGGACAAGUGAAUGACAAGGACUACAUGGACAGAAACUGCAUCAAUGUCAGUGAGAUCUCUCGCAACUUGGGAAAGAUAUACAGUGAAAUGAUCUUUGUGAAUGGCUUUGUGCAUUGUGACCCACAUCCUGGCAAUGUCUUGGUGAGGAAGUGUCCAACUACAGGCAACUCACACAUUAUACUUCUGGACCAUGGACUCUAUCAGGUCCUGACAGACAGCUUCCGCUUGGAUUACUGCCGACUUUGGCAAGCCCUGAUCAAGGCAGACAUGAAGCAGAUAAAAAAAUAUAGCCAGCGCCUUGGAGCAGGGGAUCUGUACCCCCUAUUUGCUUGCAUGCUUACUGCACGUUCCUGGGAAUCGGUCAACAAAGGCAUUGAUCGUUUGCCUGUCACAAGUAACGAGGAUGUAGAAAUCCGGACCAAUGCUGCUACUUACUUACCUCAGAUCACUAAGCUUCUCAGCAAUGUUCCUCGUCAGAUGCUGCUGCUGCUGAAGACCAACGAUUUGCUAAGGGGGAUUGAAUCGGCCCUGCAGACACGGGCUAAUGCCAGCUCCUUCUUCAACAUGUCUCGCUGCUGCAUACGAGCUGUUGCUACGUAUCAAAGGAGCAAGAGUAACUCGCUAUUCAGAAAGGCCCAGAUAUCCCUUUCUGAGGCCUUGAGCUUGUGGCAGAUCAACCUAUAUGAACUAUUUCUAUGGCUGAAAGUGUCCCAGCUGGGAAACUGGGUUCUUGCUUUCUUGAAGUGGAUGCACUGUUCUAAGUAGCAGAAGAAUGGGUAUUGGUGAAACUGGCCUUGAUUUCGUCUUGCCUUUCCCAUUAGUAGCAUUCAUUUCUUAUUUAUUUUUCCUGUAGUGUUUUUGGUGUUUUUUCAUGUAUACUGUACAUGGUGCUAUAGAUUCAUUGUAUUUUGCAGGAAAUGGAAAUAGGAAAUACUAAAUGGCAGCUAGAACUAAAAGAAGCCAGAAACUUGCAUUUCCAAAUAUAGUACAGGGGAAGUCAUAGGCCUCCAGGUAAAAUCCAAAUGAUCCAAAUUAGUUUUUAUAGGGCCAUUUUUAAAAAAAAAGGGCAAUUAAAUUAUGAAACACAACUUUAAAAUCUGCAACGAAUAGUGAGCUUUUAGUAGUACUUUAUGGUCAUCUUCUCCAAGUUUUACUUUACUUUUUAUAGUCUAUGUUUUAGACUAUAACUAUAGUUGGCCAUUAGUCAAAUAUUAGCUGAAGUUCAAACCAUGUUGAAGGUAUCAAGUUGGGUAAGGCUGUCCUUUGGGUUCCUUGAGCUGUUGUAUUACAUGAUAGCCGUAUUACUAUAUUCUCAUCUCUCCUGAAAGGUGCAAAAAUAAAAUGGAAAUCAUAUGGACAAGGAACUAGAGCCAGGAUUAUUGAAUUGAUAUUUGUUUUGGGAAGGAAAGCCUAGCGUUGAAGAUCUAUUUUCAUAACUGACUUUUAGAUUGUGAGUUUGGGUCAUUUUUUUAUACUCUUUUUGUCAUAAUCACAGAAAUGUGAGCCUAGUUUGAAAUGUAGAGAAUGAAGGCUAUGUUAAUUACCAACUUAUUGUUUCAAGAAUUCAUUUCCAAGUCAAAUAUUCAUUAUGUAUAUAUUUGUAGGAGAAAUAUUCACUCUUUUCUUAAUAAGUAAUAUCCCUCUUCCCCAAAUAAUUCCAUUCAUUUUAUUUUCCCUAUGGAGAAAUAAAUAAAUAAAUGUAAAAACAUAGUAAAUAUGACAUAAAAUGUAACAUGGGCUUAUUUUUAUUAUUAUUGAGCUUAUUAUCUCAAAAAUCUCUGUAUAACGGGGCUUACACUAAUGUAUUAUGUCAAGGCUGGGAUAUCAUAAAUUGUUAGCAAAGUUUCAACUUUUAUAAAAGUGAUAUGGGAACGUAAGAAUUAUUUUAUUAUAGGGAAUAGUGGCCUUUUUCCUGUAUUAAUAAGAAUGCAUCCAUUUAAUUAAUUAUUUUCAACCAACUAAUGUAAAUAAAACUUUAUAUAUAGAAAUCUAUGUUUAAUUAUUUUGCUGUAUGUGACAGGUCGCUUCUUGUUACAUUUUUAAAAAAUGUACAGUAGGUUCUUGGUGAAAUCUUCCAUACAAUCAGAAGUAGUGAUGUAUCAAAUACUAAAAUCGUACAAGUCAUGACUAAAUUUUAAUCGCUAUUUCUUUGGAUAUAAAUAUUAGGCAUAGUUAUAUUUGAUUGUAAUGUCAGCAUUUUAUUUGAUAAACCAUGGGCGCAUUAGUUAACAGAUUAACUACCAGUUACCUUUCUAGUUUUCAAAAAUGUGAAACAAAAUAUGUUAAAAUUUAAUUGGUGCAUUCAUUGGAUCCUGCCUCACUCAGUUCCAGAAUAAAAUAUCUGAUUCAUAACUGCUGGAAUGUGGUAUUUGUUAUUUACUCAAUAAUGCCAAUUUCAAUAAAAUCCUU